AUGGGGAACGUCAGCAGCAGGCAGGAUGAGGGCUCCCCCCUCUACAUUCGCGACCAGUCACGGUUCUCCGUCGCUGGAGCCACAGUCACGAACUCGCGCGGACAGGUGCUGCUGCGAGUCACCCCGAACGAGUACCCGGCGCAUACCUUUCGGGCGCAGAAGGAUCUGGGCGACGACACGCCGGUGGAAUACGUCCAGGACCCCGAGAGCACGGCAGGCGGCCCACCAUCUUUUCUACUACGACUAAACAACAGCGAUGAGCUAAACUUCAGCUUCAACUUCAUAAUAAGACAGCAGGGUCAGCCAAACGGUACGUCACAAACCAGCGAGGAGGCGGCAGCGGCAGCGGUGGACACGCAGGUGGCAGGCUUGACAUACAUUUUUGCUUCGAGCGCGAAGGAGGUGGAGAAUCUGGUUGUUCGCGAGUUCCACUCAGAUCCGAAUCUGCACAAGAAUCCCAACGUCGAUCUGCUAGGAGACUACACGACAGGCGGCAACCCGAGCGUACAAUUCACCUGGACGUGGAAGUGGCGGCCUCCGAAGGCGACAGAAGACCGCGGUGGUGGGUGGCGUAACAACUGCAGCUUCGUCGAGUACAACCAAAGAGCGCACCGGCUGGAUACACUGGUGACGUUCAACUUCUGGGUACAAAACACGACUCAAUACCUGUCCGCUAUGCCGAGAUCCCCUAAGAUGGAAUACAGCAUGCCGCAGAGGCUUAGGGUGCCUUCUGCGCAGUCGAUUGAGUCUCGUGUAAGCAACGUCAGCGACUCAGAAGGGGAGGGCAGUUACAAGGACUACAAGGAGCCGCAAUCGCCGACGUUUGAAGCAAUACCGGAGAAUGGUCUUGGUUUGAUACCGUCGAUGACCGGGAAUCCAGUCAAAGUGGACGUGGCUACUUGCAAGCCUGGCGAAGAUCCGUCAAUGAGCGAGGAUGGUCCGGUGUUCCGAGCCACCAUGCGAUCGCUGGAGUCGAAGACGGGCAACAUGCGAUUACGGAUGAAGAAGGUUCUUCGAUCUGCGGAGGCGGCAGAAGCGGCGCAGAAUGUGUGCAACAAGGCGUACGCAGACUUCAUGGAAUCACUGCGAGAUGCCUCGGGCUCGAAUGCGAAUGCUGUGAAGCCUGCCCUGGAUCACUACUUUGAAAAGAUCGCGAAGGAGAUCCAAGCCUACGAGAAGCAGAAUUCGACGAACCUGAAGCAGCUCAUCAUCGAUCCAAUCAGCAAGCUCUAUAACAUUGAGAUCAAGCAAGCAGAUUUCAAGAAGCGCGAAUUUGACGAGGAGAGCAAAGAGUACUAUUCCUACGUCAGCAAGUACCUCGGACAGAGGAGCGAGUCGCUCAAGGAGAAGCAGAAGCAACAGAGUGACGAGAAGUACCAGUCGAAGCGGCGGACGUUCGAAUUGAAACGUUUCGACUACAGCAGCUUCAUUCACGAUCUGCACGGCGGGCGGAAGGACCAGGAAGUCCUCUCCCAGCUCACCAAGUAUGCUGAUACGCAAGCGAGAGGUUACUUGACCACCGCAAAGAAGGUCGAGGACAUGGUACCUCAGCUGGAAGCACUUAUAGCAGAAGUGAAGGCGGCAGACCAAGACUAUCAACUGCAGAGAACAGAACGUGAAGAGAAGCGGAGAGUGCUGGAGAAGAGUACGAAGCUGAUCAACGAGGAUGGUGUUGUGGCGCCAUCGGCUCUUCAGCAUAGCAUGUCCCAGACGAACGGCAGUAGAGCUGCUGAGACCGACUUGGGCAGGUCUGCUAGCCUCGCAGGAGCGGCAAUGAUGUCACAAUCGCCCCCAGGCACUGCUUCUCCUGCUGUACAAGUGCCCACCAACGGCUCGCUCAGUGCGCCCAGCGGGCCUCCCUCAUCAGCGAUGUCCACCAGCCCGAACAACAAGUUCAAGGGCAUCCGAGACCUGGAAGAACCCAGUGGCACAUUUCUGAAUGGAGGCGCGCAGCGGAAAGAAGGCCUACUAUGGGCUUUGAGCAGACCUGGAAGCCACGUCGACCCCAGAGGCAUCAACAAAGCUGCCUGGCACAAGUUCUGGAUUGUGUUGGAUCAGGGCCGCCUCUCCGAAUACGUGAACUGGAAGGAGAAGCUGGACCUUCACAUCGACCCGAUAGACCUCCGGAUGGCUUCGGUACGGGAAGCUCGCAACUCUGACCGACGGUUCUGCUUUGAAGUCAUCACUCCGCAGUUCACGCGUGUCUACCAGGCACCGUCAGAGGAGGACAUGAAGUCGUGGAUCGCCGCGAUCAACAAUGCACUCCAGAGCGCCUUCGAGUCUCGUAGUGCUCUUCCAUCUUCUCCCUCGCCUAUACCAGCCAGCUCAACGAGAAAAGACAUCGCUGCUGUGCUUACCGGCAAGAGCUCAUCCUUCAACGGUCACCGCCAGGCUUCCAAUCCGAACCGCACGGCUGCAGCAACCGCUGUAGGAAGGCAUGCCACAACUGGCGACAGAUCCACGCAUGCUCAGGAGCCGGCAAUGUCAUCUGCUCUUCUGCAGCGGAUACGAAGCGCGGAUGAAGGCAACAAAGUGUGUGCUGAUUGUGGCGCGGAAGCCAAGGUGGAUUGGUGCUCCAUCAAUCUCGGUGUGUUGCUGUGCAUUGACUGCGGUGGCAUCCAUCGAUCGCUCGGAACGCACAUCUCGAAGGUCCGAUCGCUGGUUUUGGACACUUCGGUCUUCACACCAGAUCUGAUCGAGAUCCUGCUCUUGAUCGGCAACCGCGUGAGUAACAUGGUCUGGGAAGCGAAGCUCGAUCGAUUCCUCAAGCCGAGUGCAACCGCCACACGAGAACAACGACUCCAUUUCAUCACCACAAAAUACAGCGACCGGACUUAUGUCCAACCUCUUGCAUCCUCACAAGGACCAGACGACUACCUUCUCACCAGCAUCAAACGCAACGACAUCCAAAGCGUGCUUCUCGCUCUUGCUCUGGGCGGAAACCCCAACUCACACGACCGAUCUCGCUCCACGCAUGCCCUCUACCUCGCCCUCGCAGCCGCCGACCCUGCUCUACCAGCCGGAGGCAGUGGCACGUCUUUCUCCCACAGCCCACUGAGAGGCGCAUCACCAAACUCCCGACCUGGAACUCCAACCCGCAAACCCUUCCCUGUUGCUGAGCUCCUGCUGCAGAAUGGCGCCGAAGUGCCGACAGAGCAAGCCCCGUUCCCGCUUUCCCAAGCAGCGAAGGAAUACCUCGCAUUCAAGACCUCGCAGCGACUUGGCCGAGCGCCUAAUGCAUCGAGGGAUACAAACAGUACGACCGACCAACUCUCCGCUCUACCGACUAUCACGCAAGGGCAGAGCCUAUCACCCUCCAGCAUCAGCGCCAAAGAGCGCGAAAGGCUGUUGAAAAGGAGUAGCGGCAGCAGACAGAUCCGGCCGGACGCCAUCGAGGGCUUUGCCAGGAAGUAG